AUGGCUUUUGAAUCCGUGAGACCUUUGCCACAUGUCCAGCCUAUCCAGCCUAUCCAGCCUGUCCAGAUCAAGCCGCAAGUGCCGCAAGCUCCGUCGCUUCCAGUGAAGUGGAGUGUCGGUCUGGUGGCAGUGGCAUCGGCCAAGCCACAGCGCCAUUUCCAGCGCUUCCGGGCACGGAAAGCAGAGGCUCCACAGGCUCCACAGGCUCGGGCUGACACUUUGGACGCUUUGACUGUCACAGAGGUGUACAAGUUGCUCAAGGGAGCUCCAAGCCCACAGCACGCAUUGCAGCUUGCAGCGCGGUUGCGUCGUGCAUCACGAGAGGGCAAGCGAACCCGAGAUGGACGAUCGCUGGAUGCUGAGAUCGUUGACGAUGCUUUGGAUAUCUUGCUGGAGAACACCGCCGAUACUGAGCACAGCCCAGAGGCGGAGGGCCGGCAACAGGAGAAGCAAAAGUUCGACGCUCAUCGCAUCGAUAUCCAGAAUGGCGAUGCGGAGGAGAAGGAAGAGGAGCAGGAGGAGCAAGAGGAGCGAGAGGAGACGGAGGACAACUCGGGUGGCCGCCAAUCUCCGCCAAGGUGGAGCGCUGGCGUGGGGAGUGAAGAUAGGGAGACUCAUGAGGUGCCGUACGAGCUUUGGGAACAAGUUGUUAGCCGGAAGUUCAAUGUGGUGGACCGCGUGUGGAAAGCUCCAACAUCUGCAAGCUUGCCAAAGGUACCAUCGAUGCGCGAAGAUGCCAUGGUUCCAGAAAGCUCUUGGCUAAGGCUGCCUCACAUUGCCGUGAAUGGAAUGACGAACUGUGGAAAAUCUACUCUGAUCAACCACCUCAUUCGCUGGACCUAUGCGGCCAAGGCCUCGUCGGUGCCAGGCCGCACCAACAGCAUUGACUUCUAUUGCGUCAACAACAGAUUCGUUCUGGUGGACCUCCCUGGAUAUCCAGACCCAGAAGAGCUGGCGCAUCAGGGUGUGCUAAAGAAAUGGGAAGCGCACUGGCAGGACCUGGUCUUUACCUACCUCCAGAUGUGUGCAGAUGGCCACUAUGACCUGCGCCUGAUGCUGCAACUGCAGCAGACCAAGCGCAGACCUUCCCGAGCAUGCCGGAUGUUUGUGGAUGAACUGCGGGCGAAGGAUUUGCCUUUGCUCCUGAUUCUGACGAAAGAUGACCAGUUGAAGAAGCCAAACGAGGAGCGAAAUUAUUACGCUACCCAGAUCAAGAAGACCUUGGGAUUGGAAGGCCAGCAUUUGCACUUCACGGCCAAACAUGCAUUGGAGAUGAGCCGGCGAAGCAAGAAGCAUGUGCAGCGCUGGAUUCGCACUGCCGUGACCGCCGAGAGCAGGGUCGAAGUGCAGCAGACCCUGCAGGAGGCCUGGAGGAGUCGGAUAAUCUGCGAAACUCGCAAAACGCCGGAGCAGAUGCGAGAGAAGAAGGAGCUCUGGAAAGCCCGUUACAAGAAGCUCAGGGAAGAGAGAAAACAGAGAAAGAAAGCACUCACCAGUGAGGAGCUAUCGGUCGAUAUCGGUUGA